GCUGAAAUCGGGAGAGUUGCGCCACUGUAUUUACUGUGACACUAGCCACACGAAAUACAUGUGAAUGUGAAUACAUGGAAUUUUUCCAAUCCUGGAUCAAUCAAUUAAGUUAGUGUCAUUAUGCUGUCAUAGGAAGUGAGAAAUAAAUUAAUUACCUUACAAAACCGAGAUAUUCAUUUGAUAUGUCGAUCGAUUAUAAUGGCAAAGGUUACACUCCUCUUCCGCAAAGUAUAAGUAAUAGUGAUACCGAAGAUGAGGAGGAACAUUUAACCCAACAUAAUGAUAUUGAUUACAAGGUCGACAAUGCUACGAUAGUGAUGAUGCCUGCUCCUCCAACGCCGAACGAAGAACCAUUUCCACGCUUGGUGUCUUAAAUUCUGCAGGCAAAUAUUCGCCGUCUCCCCGCGAGUGCUCAGGGACUUUCAACGAACGAAUUACAUUCUAUUCGUGAAAGUGGCAUAUUUUAUCCACUGGAUGAAACACAAAAUCUAGAGAAUAACCCAAGAAACAGGCAAAAUGUAAUUAAGUAUUAUCGAAAUGAUAUACCAAUAAUGAUAAUUGAAGGAAGUGAGCAAAAUGAUUUUUGGAAAAGGAAAUCUAUAUCGCCUAUAAGGCGUUUUUGCUUGUUUGUGUCCAUACUAUUAUGCAUUAUUACAAUAUUAAUUUUUUUGUAUGUAUUACCUUGUGACAGUUCGAUGGUUUGUUCACCAAUUAUUGAAUCACAUGCGUCUAUAUCGUGGGAUAAAACUUUGCAAUAUGUAGAAAUAUAUGGGCCUAUUACUAUAGUACCUGGAGCUCCAUACAAUCUAAUAUUUCUUCUUCAUGGUGAGCAAUAUAGAAAAAAUGAUACUAGAAAUAAUGGAUUAAUUCAUCAAAGACAGAUACCUCCGGAAGGAGGAGGAGUUAUAUCAAUGCAAGGAAAUAAUGGAUUACCAUUAUGGCUGGUUCCAUUAAAACGAUUACCUACUAUUAUAGAUUGUACUAGUAUCGACAUUGAUCAAUCUGGAAAACCUGAUUGUAUUGUCGUUGGUAAACAAGGUCUGCUUAUUAGCAUAGAACCGAUUGCUGGAACAAUUCAUUGGAGUUCCACAACUCGCACAGUUUCCAAAUUACCAGUUAUUAUACCAGACAUUGAUGCAGAUAAUAUUGAAGAUUUAUUAAGUAUAGCGAUAGAUAAUGCAAAUACGUCAUCCUUCGUUUUCCUGUCUGGCAAGACUGGUCAAUUAAUAAAGAGUUAUUCAAUUUACAAUUGCAUUUCUAUUGAUAUAUACAAUCUUGUUUCUAAUGGUAAUAUAUCCUAUGAUUGUUACGAUGGCAACAACAAACAUAUAACAAGAUUCAUGUCUUUGAAAGAAUUGUUCCAUAAUUUAAAGAUAAUAGAAACACGUAAGAAGUUUGCCACAGAAUCAGUAGCAUUACCACGAUUAUUUAAAAUAAUUGAAUCAUAUGAUGAAUAUAGUUGGAGGUUCACGCCUUAUCAUCAUUUGACUAUAGAAAAUGAAGGGAUAUGUCCGGGACAAUUUUGCCGCACCAAUAUCAAUCUAACAUUGCAGAGAUUAACAGACAAACCAUUAACAAUAUGGGAUCAUGUGAGUUCGAACACAUUUGCAUCAAAACCGGUGUUUUUGGUGACUUCGAAUAAACUUUACACUUCUGGAUUUGCCAUUAAGUUCUGGCAGUGGAAGGAUUUGCCGGAACAUACAGAAAAAGCAGUUAUUACGGAACAGACACUUGUAGAAAGAAUUCUUAUUAUUUUUGUGAAUUACACAGAUGUUCAGGUUAUUAAUGCUAGUGAAUGUGAUGUAAUGCAAUUGUGUCAUAAACUUAAUUGUCAACCAAAUUUAAAUUCGCGAAAACAAUUUAAUUCCAUUAAAGUCAAAUAUAUAGAUAAUAAUAACUUUCCCGAACUAAUAAGUUAUUGGUCUUCAUAUAAUACGGAUUCAAUAAAAGCAUUAAUAUCGAAAGUCCAAGUUAUAAAGAUGGAUUCCAUAAUGUCUAAUUUUAUACACGGAAACGUUUAGUUUUGUUGUACAAUUUUUAUAUUUUAUAUUUAACAUAUGUUAUACUUGUAUUAUUUUAUUUAAUGUUAGCUUGUUCUAUGAAUCGUGAAUCAUUAGAAAAGAUAGAAAUGAUAAAAGAUACUUUUACGAAUGGAGUAUCAAAUUAAUUGUUAACUCUCAACGUACACACUAUACUGAAUUAGAUAUUUUGCCACACAUGGGUGUACAUUAUCGGAUCAUUUUCAAUUGCGUAUAUUUCAGUAUCUAAUGCAUAGAAUUUGAACAAUUUUUUUUAAUUGUUAUGCCAGAAGGUCAAGAAGAAGAAUAAAUAGGUACAAGAAUCAGGAAAUUGAAUAUAUUUGAAAUAUUUAGGAGCGAUUGCAACGUACUCUCAGAAAACGGUUUUUUUUUAAUUUCUAAUUUUGAAAGGAAAAUCAUUAGAGAAAUUUUUUCAACGGAUUUUGAAGAGUAAUAGAACGUACUUUAAGAAAAAAAUAUUGUCAUUUUAAUUGUUUUCAAAAAGUACAUUUAUUCUGCAAGAUAAAGUUAGGUGAUUUUUUAGCGUAAGAAAAGAUGAGUUGAUAGAAUAAAUCAUUCAUUUUUUAUUAUAAAACUUGAAAAAACGUAAAAUAUAUACAAUAUAAUAUAUUUUUUUUAUUAUUAUUUAUUGUAUGGAACAUUCGCAACAAUUUUUUGCUGUAUGAUGCUUACACUUUGGUUGAUCAUAUUUUAAACAUUUAUAUUUUACAUUGUUUUUCGAACAAGAGUAGACGGACAUAAUAAACAUUUUUUUGGCUUGGCUAUUUUAUUGUCUGCCAACAAAUUGCGAGGAUCUUGAUCUUCAAGAAUGUCUGUGUAGUUUACAAAACUUUUGAUUUGUGUACGCAAUAUCGUUCGCAACGUUGAAGCGAGAUGAUGCGUCAAAAAAGGUUUGAUGAGAGCUAUAGUUAGCUCUCGUAUGUAAUCUUUACGACAUUUUUCUUACAACUUAUUUUUUAAUAAGUUAUAAAUUAUGAACGAAUUGACGUUAGCCUGAUCUAAUAUUUCAUAAAAGUAUCUCAUAGAUCAUCUAUGCUUUUGCUAUGGUUUUUGCUACUGUGAUGAAACCUUAACAUUUUUUGUUAAAACGCAGAAACGAACUAGUCUCUCGUUGGUCAGAGUAUAAAAAUAAAGUCAAAAAUUAUACAAAAUGCUAUUAAUCAAUUUAUUUUCGUUUGUUAAAGAAAAAUUUAAUUUCUUUUUUGACAAUACAUACGUCUUGGACACACUGGGUGUAAUGUACACGUAUCUUGAAAAAACACGACUGUAUAAAAUUUUUAGUUGAUUCUCAGAGACUGCUAUAAUGGGGAAUGAGUACUGCAGAUAUUGAUAGAAAUAUUCUCCGACUUUUGUUCUCCCAAUCUUUAUGGUUUAUAAAUGCCAAGCAUUUUUGGCAAAUAAUCCGGGUGUACCAGAUUCAGUAUGUCUGUUGAGGAUAAUUUAAUUAGUCUUUCGUAUUUUUCAUAAUUACAAAAAUAUCAAUUUAUUCAAACCUAAUUACAUCACAAAAAAUUUUUAUAUAUUUUUCUUUUGUACCGCAAUAUUAAAAUUCAAUACUAACAAAAAUGUAUCAUACUUAUUCCAAUUCCGAAGUAUAUUUAUUAAUCCUGAGUUUGCAUAAAAAAUUUCACAUUUUUACUGAUGGAAGAGUUACAUGAUCUCGCGAAAUCAUACAUGAUUGUUUCGAGUUCAAAUAAUUAUACGAUGUUUCAAGUCAAAAUAAUUAUGUAUAAUUUAAGUCAGAUUAAUUAUAAGUUACUUUACUUUGUUUUUUUCUUAUUUUAUUAAUUUUAAAGGGUAUUAAAUUCAAAAUUAUGAACCUUGUGUAAAUUAUCAUAUCAUUGUAUUCAUAAGAACAUCCAUUCUACACGCUGUACCUCGUUGAGAAUAUUCUGUCUCGUUGAUUAUUCGAAAGUAAGAAUACGAGAAACUUCGACGGUAACGAUAAUAAUAUUUUGUAUGCGAAGCAAAUAAGUUUUUGUCGUGGUUGUCCGUACACGCAAAGGACAGUCAGACCAAGCAAAUAAUGAGUUUACCGGUCCGGUCCGGUUGCCGCUUUAAAUCGUCGAUGACGAUACAGUAAUUAGUCUAUCCGAGCCAAUGAGACAUUUUCCCGCUGAAUUUGCUUCUCCCUGCUUUCCUUUGCUUAAACCAGAGCAGGGAGGUUCGCUCUCUUUGCGAGAGAUCCGCAGAUUCAGAUUUGAGAAGCGACGCGAGUAAGUCUCAUAGUAUCCAUAAACGAGCGAUAACAAAUCGGGAAGUGUAAGGAGUUAUAAGGCGCGCGAUUAUGCGUUCGUUGUCGACACGCGCUUAUUAAAUAAAAUUGCGCGGACGCUCUUAUCAAUCAACGAGACAGAGAUUAUAAACAAUUUAGUGAUUAAAGACGAGUAACUUUGAACCUUUAA